AUGUUUUUGUUUAUUUUUCAUCAAGUUUUAAACAAAGUUUAUUUUGUUUAUUUUCAAGUUUUACUUAAUGUUGGUUGUUUUCAAGUUUAUUUUCUUUGUUUAUGUUUAGGUUUUGUUGUUCAAGUUUUGUUUGUUUUCCCAAGUUUGUUUUCUAAUGUUCAUUUUCAAGUUUAUUUUCUUCAUGUUUUGAUCCAAGUUUGUUUUCAUGUUUUGUUCAACAAUUUUCUUCUUUAUUUUCCAUAAAAACAUGUUUGAAUCAUUAAAUCUUUUUCUUAGCUUCUAUGUAAAAAAAGUUUAUUAUUCUGUCGCUGAUUUCGCUAGCCACUAAUCAACCCCCGCGCUAUUUUGUUGAAUUGCGGAGUGGAUAAGCCUUUAUCGGAAACAUUGCAAAGUCGUAAAGCCAGCCGAGUGGACAAUUUGUCUUUUCCUCUCAUUAUUUUAGUUAUUUGUUACAAUUCAAUAGAUUCUUUCGGAGAAGGGCUUAAGAGACCCUUUGAAUGGAAAAAAGAGCAAAAAAAAGGGGGGUAAUCACAUUUUUGUUUGCGGUUUUCCAAUCAAGCAAAAAAAGCGCUAGCUAAAUAAUAGAUAUAUUUACAAUAAUGCUAACUCUUCUCUCUUUAUUUAAUUUAUUUGAUUCACCAACUAAUUUGUAAAAGUUUCAAGUUUUUUUAUUUGUUUCAGUCUACAUAUCUAAUAAUUAAAGUUUAUGUUUACCAUGUUUAUUUUAGCUUUAUUUUAAUGUUUUGCUUCAAUCUGUAUUAU